GUUUAGUAUUUGAUACAAAUAAUCGUUAGUGUGAUGUAUGUGUGUGCUUUGUGUUAGUCGAUCCACUAUUUGUGCUGGCUAGAUCCGAAACAUGAAUUGUGGUGUGCCAGUGGCGGUGCUUUUGGCUGUCACUGUAUCCUUAGUAGUAUCAGAUCCUGUACAUCACAGAACUGAAGGAAGGUAUCAGUGUGCUGGGUAUUGCAGAGGUGGAAACAAAUUCAGAUAUGUACCAGGAACAACAUAUGUAUAUGACUACACAGCGAGUACCUUAACAUCUAUUCGAGGGGCCACGAAGGAAAAGUCACAGCUCCAUCUUUCAGCCACUGCAAAUUUUCACAUAUUGUCUGAAUGUGACUUUGUCCUACAGUUGGAAAAUGUGCAAUUGGCAGACUCUGAGCUCAAAACUGGGGACAUUCGCAGUGUUACAAGAUCAGCACAGUUUGCUGCUCUACUACAGAAAAACUCCCUUCACUUCUCAUUUCAAGAUGGGACAGUGGAUGAACUGUGUCCAGGUGAUGACCCAGCAUGGGUUCUCAAUAUCAAGCGGGGUAUCCUAUCGGCAUUCCAGAACACCAUGCAUGAUCUCUCUUCUGCUAGGGAGAGGCAUUAUGAGUCAGACAUUGCUGGCAUCUGUGAAACCAGAUAUGAUGUGAUCCUAGAGGAGGAUGAAUUGAACAAACCUCGCCUUGUUGUUGGGAAAAUGAAGAAUCUUUUGGCAUGUUCACAUCGUGUGGAUCAUUUUCUGUCUGUGCAGUCUACACCGUAUAUGCCAUCAUCUGCUCAGUCAUUGCCCCUUAUCAAGAGUCAACAGCGAGGGAGUCAAGUUAUUGGAGAUGGUAUACUUCAGAAAGCAGCUAAUAAUGAGAUUCAUACCUUUCGUCCAUUUUCUAAGCAUGAUGGUGGUGCAGUCACUAUGGUGAAUCAGAUUUUGAAUUACAAGACUUCACACAAUGGAGAGAUACCACAAAGAGUUGGUACAGCAUCCAAACGACGUACUACGUUAUUGUAUGAACAUGCAGAUACAACAAAUUAUAUUACGGAUCAAGAAUAUACCGUGAUAGAACUACUCAAGGAGCUAGUUAGGAAAACUCAUCUUGGAGUUGAGAGUGAUGUUCCCUCUAUGUUCUCACGUUUAGUAGUAGCUCUCACAUCUAUGAACUACACUGAACUCGAAAAGGUGUUCAGCCAUGCCACUGAUGAACAAAUGAGGAAGUUCCUUCUGGAUGCAAUGCCACUCAUUAGAACAGCUGAUGGAGUUGAAAUGAUGAUUCAGCUUUUCAAGUCUGGUGAAAUAACUGUUGCUCAGAUAGAUUCUUGGCUCACUUCGAUUGCAUUCCAAAGGAAGCCCACACUUGAUAUGAUGUCAUCAGUUUUGCCUUUGUUGGAUGGAAGUCCAAGUGCUAAUGCUCUGUUGGGCAUCUCUGCACUAGUCCACAACUACUGUCAGCAAAAUGAGAACUGUAUAGAGAUGGAUGAAGUAAAAGAGAUCAUGAGGAAAUUUGAGGGUCUUCUGGGAUCUGAUUGCCAGUCUACUGAUCAUGUUAAACAGCAGCUAAUUAUACUUGCCUUGAAGGCCAUUGGUAAUGCAGGUGUAUUUAUUGACUCAAGUGACACCAUCAGAAAAUGUAGUCAGGCAGUGAAUCCUAUUGAAGUACGCCUGGCUGCCAUUUCUGCAUAUCGUCGAUUGCCGUGCACUGAGAACACUCGUUUACAUUUUCUGGACUUGUACACCAACAAACAUGAGGACACAGAGUUGAGAAUUGCAGCAUAUCUGGCAAUCAUGCAGUGCCCAUCCUCUCAUACAAUACAGAGUAUCAAAGAUACUCUGUACAGCGAAGAAGUCAACCAAGUGGCUUCAUUUGUAUGGACUCAUCUCACCAACCUGCAGGAAACAUCGAGCCACUGGAAACAGCAUAUUAGGGCACUGGUAUCAAGUGACUUUCUACAGAACAAAUUCAGUACUGAUGCCAGGAAGUUCUCACGAAACUAUGAGGGCUCUUUCUUCUCUGAGUCCUUGAAUGCAGGUGCUGCUGCCGAGAGUAACGUUGUCUUCACCCCACAGUCCUAUCUUCCCCGUUCUGCAACUUUAAAUCUCACGCUGGACUUGUUUGGGGAAUCUGUUAACAUUUUGGAACUUGGAGCACGUGCAGAAGGUUUCGAAAAUAUUGUGGAAAAUUUGUUUGGACCAGCAGGUUACUUGCCAGAUAAUGCUAUGAACAAGAUGCUGAAAAAUCUCAAAGAUAAACAUGAAUUAGAUAAUGUAGAAAAUAGAAUCAGUCAGAUAGCUGACCAAUUCAAUAGGAAGGGAAAGUUGGCAAAAGAGCCCUCGGCAUCUGUGUACACACGUGUGUUUGGGAAUGAGCUGCACUAUACACAGCUGCAUGGACUGAAGGAGUUGAUAGAUGGAAUAAGUGGUGCAACUUCCUUUGAUCUUGUUAAGAAAAUUAUGCAGGAAAGAGAUGUUGAUUUCACCAAGUCUUUAGUACUGAUUGAUGGGUCAUAUAUGAUCCCUACCUGCAUUGGUUUCCCCUUGAACUUGGCUCUUAAUGGUAGUGCUACUGUGGGCUUCAAGCUAAAUGGUCAUGCAAAUAUAAAGGACAUGUUCUCACUCAAUUCAGUGGACAUAGAAGGUAGUGUGAUGCCUAGUGCUGCCGUUGAAUUCGCAGGAACCAUGGCUGUGGAUGCAACUAUAACUAAAGCUGGUAUCAGACUUGUCAGCACAUUGCACACAAAUAUGUACAUGUCUGGGAAGGUAAAAAUUCAAGGUGGAGAUUUGGUGGACUUGCAACUAAAUGUUCCUCAUAAUAAAACUGAGUUACUGAAUGUUGCAUCACAGCUAUUUGUGCUGCAUCAUGACAAGAUGGUUGAAAGCAAAGGCAUUGAAGACAAUAUGGAAAAUUAUACAUUAUGCUCUACAGAUUUUAUGAGUUCCCUGAUUGGAAUGAAGCCAUGCAUGGAAUUGACUUACAUCAACUCUUCUCUUCACCCCUCAGCACCGUACUUUCCUCUCACCGGGCCUUUCAGAUUCCACUUAGAUAUUACUAAGACUGAUACUUUUAAUGCAUAUGAACUGAUCUUUAAACGUCAAGCAAGCAAGAGUGAGACCUCUGUGAUCUUCAAUUUUGACACUCCCGGUUCUAAAGUUGAUCGUAAGCUGAGUGCUCAGUAUGUGUUAGACAGGACAAAUUCUGCUGCUAAAGCAAGCAUUGUGACACCCUUCAUUAAGGUCACUGCAAGCGGAAAAGUGGAGAACUCUGAUGCCAUAAACUCAUUAGAUGCAACUAUAACACUUAAUAAUCAAGAACUGGUUAUGACAAGAGUAGGUUAUAAAAGGAUUAGAACUGGACAUAUUGGUCGUUAUGAACCCUUCUUUGAGUUGUCAUUUAGGAAUCGACUGAUAGCAGAUAUCACUGGAAAAGUGAACUAUGUUGAAGGUUUCAAGUACAAUGCUGAUCUUGCAAUAAAGGGUCUGUCAAAGGAACCAAUUACAGUUUCAGGUAAUAUUAACAUGAAUGAGGACAAAUAUAACCUGAUGGGUAACAUAAUGUCAAAGGCCUUGACCAGUACCUUCCAUGGAAGUUUGCACUUUACCAAGAAUUAUCUGAGUACUAAAGCAACUGUACAGUAUAAGACUGGAGAAACCCAACCACAUAAGUUGGCCUUUUCUGCUAAGUUUCAGGAUAACUCCAAAGGAAAACUACUCAGAGAGGGUGUUUACAUCACGUUACAGAUGUCGCAGUUCCCACACUAUGAUGUUGACGCAUUUUGGGAAAUGCAACGCAGUAACCAUUACUUUGAAAGCACUUGCAAAGUGGCUCUUGGGAAUACUGUAUGGCAGACUCAGCAGCUUUACCGCUACCAUUCAACUGAAGACAAUUUUGAUUUGGCUCUACUGUGCACAUUGACAUGCCCCAGAUUGGGUGUUGACUAUGGAGUGGAUGUCCAAUACCAGGUAACUAAUGCAACUAUUUCAAGCCAUUUCAAGACAACAAUUACUCCUCAAUAUAAACUGUUGGCUCUCUUGAAUUAUUUGCGGAAAUUGGAGGGUGAGAAGCAUCAACAUGAACUGGAUAUUGAACUGAAUAGCCCAUGGUACAAAACUGGAAUGCAUGGCACAGUGACUGAAUCAACACCUAGCCGAUAUGAGAUUCAGGUGUCAGGUUGGUGGGUGACACAAACUGAUGUCCAUGGAGUGAAUAUCAGUGGUUUCUAUUUGGAUGGCAGCAAUAAGGUGAAGAUGGAUCAUCAGCUAGACAUAUCACUGACUGGAGGACUGAAUGGAAAGCUUGUUGCUAGCCUUACAUCAUCCAAUAAUGUGAAAAAACACUGGAUACAGCUGGAUGCAUAUAAUAAAACAUACUUGGCAAAUGUGACAUAUGUAAAGGACCUCUUUCAUUUCAUGGAAGGUACAGUGCAACUUGCUGAUUCAGUAUAUGGUGGCAGCCUGGUUCUUCUGAACACUUCAGUUGAGAAAGGGUUUGCUGUUGACCUAAAGCUACGAAAACGGCUCAGCCUGGCAACAAAGAUUACCUGUGAUAAUGAGAAGCAUGGGCUACAGUUUGAGUUGUUCUGGGACAAAGAUGCAAACCCAAAUAAGAAGAUCUCAUUGAUGGCUGAAGCAGUGGGAAACAAGAAGGAAAUUCAGCUAGAGAUUCCAGGCCGCUACCUUAAGGGCGAAGUUGUCACAGUAGCCAGUGGAGUAACAGGAUUUCUGGAAUGGGAAGAAAACCACAAGAUCUCUGUUCAACUGGAGUGGAAUUUAGACGAAGGAAAUGCCGAUAUCACAGCAAAACUCCAUACUCCCUUUCCUAGAAUGAGGUUCCUGAGUCUCUUUGGCACCUACAGCCUGCUUCAGAAUGAAGGAGUCUUAGUGGUAGAAACCUCCUGGCAGGAAGAGAAGCUUUACCUUACAGUAAAUAUGAAGAAGAUAAAUACUGUUUCAAACUUCUGGGGAUGGACAAUGGGUGCUCAUCUAUGGAGCACUGUACCUGCAAUUGCUAACAUUUCUUUUGACCUUGACUUCAGGUCACGUACUGAUGAACAGCUGACUAUCAAAACCCUUGCUGUUCUCAACUACAAUACGAAAGAAUCAGCUCUUGAAGCAAACUGGAAAUCUGACAAAUCAAGUUUAUUUGGAGAUAUACAGCUUCAUAGUCAUAUUCAGCAUUUGGAAUUUGUGAAAUACACAUUGAAAUUUAUAGAGAGUUCAGUGGAAACUAGUGGCAGCUUGGAGAUGAACUGGGCAUCACAAAAUAAAAUAUUUGCUGAAUUUUUCUUCAAAAAAGUUGAUGGUGCUGCUGGAACUUUUCGGAUUACCACCCCAUUCACUGGUUAUAAAAUUACUGCUGCUGAAUAUAAUUUUACGAAUUUCCAAGAUGACAAUGGCAUAACUCAUUUGAGAAUGAAAGCCGAUGCACUUUUCAAAGAGUAUCUGGCUAUGAUUGAUAUUUCAGGAUCAAAAUCUAACUCUUCUCUUGGUGGUAUAUUGCAGCUAAAGACACCAUUCACAGAAGAAGUGAAGAUAGAUGUACUCCAUCAGAUUGAAAAUGGAAAGCUUAAUGAGAAGCUCUUAGUAAGUCUGGCAGAAGAGGACCUUUUAUUUUUGUAUUUGGUGGGUGAAGUCUGUUCAUUUUCAAAUGUUCAGCUGUCUGCAGGGUUACAAAUGCCAAAUCAGAAUAUGAAUAUAAGAGUAGAAACUUAUCUGUCACCAGGAAGCUUAGAAUUUAACUGUAGAGGGGAGUGGAAUACUAAAAGCAUAAGUACUGUAGCUGUUGGUAGAUACGAAAACACUGAUGACAUUCUGUCUAUACAUCUUGAUAUGACUGCAGACAGUUCACUUCUUUCACAAAAUGUAAAGUUAGCAUUUCAUCAUGCAAGUUCACAGGGGACGUUUCAAACCACUCUUCACUUACCGGGAGACAUAAUACUUACCAAUGUUUUCAUUAUUCAUGAUUCACUGAACUGGAAGAACAAAUUAGACUUUAAGUCACCAAGCAAGACAGGUUUCAUUGAAAAUAAGCAAAGUUUUGUGGAUGGUGUAAGAUUAGAACAUGAAAUGAUAGCUAACCUUAAUGGUCAACAGGCAACUGGAUUAGUUACUUUUAUCAAAGAUCCUCAGUCAUUUGUAAUCAGGGAAGCUAAAGCUGUUCUUAAUGUACCUUGGACAGAUCCCAUCAUAAUCCUGUAUUUGUUUCCAAAUGAUGAAUUUCACAUUAGACCAAGCCUUGUUUUUCAGUUCAGACACACCAAAGAGAUAAGGAUUGAGAUAGAUCUUGAGUAUCAAUUGUUGCACAGCAGAUUACAAAUGGAGAUAACCUCAGCAUUCUACAAGCCCAUUCUUGUAAAUGCUUCAUACAGUAUUGCAAAACAGAAAUUAACAGGGCAGAUACUGACACAGUGGGACAAUAAGAAAAUACACAUAGAAUCUAAUUUAAAUUUUGAAUUUGACAUGAUGAAAACAUCAGGGGACUUUUUCGUUAGACAUUCUGAUAUGGAUACUGACGCUGCCAAUGGAAGUUUUGAUUAUAACAUGACUGGUCCCGAGAUAACAGCUCAUGCCCUUGGAACAUAUAGAAACCAAAAAUUAGGUUUUGGAUUAUCCUUGCUGUUGGGAAGGAAUGUAUACAAAGGUUCCAUUACUGUGCAGACACCUUUCCAGAACUGGGAAAAUUUAUCAUUUUCUUGCCACAUAAAUAUCUCAAAACCAGUUCACUUGGCAGUUAUAACUUUGUCAAGAAACCAUGAAGAUAUCACGGUGUCUGGUUUGAUUAGGUCAGAUAUUUAUUCCUCAAAAUUUAAUGUUGCCAUGACAAGUCACAUCCUUGGCUUUCACAGUACCUCUGUUUAUGGCGCCUACAGUGCCCCAAAUUCAAGUGACCAUUCUAUUGAGCUGGCUUAUGAUAAUAAUGACAAAAGAAUUGAAAUUCUUGCUAAACUGCAGGUUGAUAAUGAUUCAUUCUUAAAUGCAAUUAUGGCAGAAGGCAGUUUGAAGACUCCAUUUAAGGGAUAUGAGACAAUGUUAGCUCAUUAUUCCUACAAUACAAAAGGAAAUGAGAAGAAACUAGAUCUUCAGCUAGUUAAAAGUUCCUGGAAGUUUGUUAUAGAGAGUGAAUGCUCAUUUGGUUCUGGAAUAGUUAAUGGCAAGGUUAAAGUAGAACUGCCAUUUGAAGAAUUGAAAGAAAUGUCAUUUUCCCUGAGAUAUGGUUAUACACCCAGCACUCUUGAGAGGACUGUCAACAUAGCUGUAUCACGUAACCUGGAUGUAGUCGAAAUGGCAGGAGCAUUACUUAUCAAUAAGGAUGGGUCUCUGAUGGCAGAUGCAAUGCUUAAGUCUCCUGUCAGUGGAUAUAAGCAGGUGAAGUUUAAUGUAGCUGUUUCUGCAUCCAAAGAGAAAAAGAAGAGUGUAACAGUCACAUUCUCAAGAGAUCAAGAGGACUAUAUGAUAUCUGGGACAUUCACUUUUAAUACUGAAGCAAGACUUGUGAUAAUAACACCUCUGAAAGGUUAUGAAAAUAUUGAGGCCAGAAUUGGUUACAUUAGACAUGAUGAAGACCAUCUAAACUCUACGAUUAAUGAAAGGUUAUAUGGUUAUUUGGAUAUGGCCACUGGCAAGAGUGAAUUAAAUAUCGAUUUGAAUUUAAAAGAAAUGAACAGCAUCAUUUCAGCCAAUAUCAUAUCACCAUUAUUGAUGGUACCACAUAUUGAGAUUAAGGGAGAGUAUGAUCUGAGGAUGUUUCCUGGUUCAGUAAGUUUUAUAGUAAACAAAGAUGCAAUUAAAGUUGUUAGUAUUCAGAUAAUAUUGGAAAGAAACAGAUUCAUGGGUGAAAUAAUCACUCCCAUUGAAAAAUACACAGAUAUAAACUUAUUUGCGUCAUUCAGAAACGAGGAAGAAAAGAAACAUAUGAAUUUCAAGAUGAAGCUUGGUGAACAUUCAUUCCAGUUACUAAGUACCACUGUAUUUGGUGCAUUUAAUUCCAAAAUUUUGGCAGAAGUUGUUACAACUGUGCCAGGCAUAGAUCGAAUCACUUUACAUGGUCAGUAUGACCUGUUACAUGAUGAAAAAACUGCAGAACUGGUCAUUACUCUGGAUCCAAGCAACACAUAUGAAUUAUUCAUAUCUGGAACAGCUGAUUCCAAGAUUGGGCAAUUUAAGGUUCAGGUAUAUACUCCAGUAUCAGAAUUUGAGUCUGUGUUCCUUGCUGCAAAGUAUGACUUAACUAAGGAUUGUUAUAUGAAUAUCCUAGUGGAAAAGAAUGAUAUAAAAAAUUAUUUUGGAGGCCAUGUUGCCUUUACUGAUGAUGGCACUCUCAUAAGAAUUGAAACACCUUUCAAACAUGCUGAAGAUAUUUCAUUUCAUUAUACAUAUCAUGCUGGAAACAAUGAAAGAUCUGAAAAUUUAAUAGUUGUGAGGAAUGGACAUUUGACAAUACUGGAGUCAUCUUUUAAGUAUGAAAAUAAUGUUGCAGUUAUUAAUUUAACUACUCAAUUGGAGACAGUGUAUGGGUUUCUUAUUACUCUUGACUUUAACGGAAUGCCAGUGGAAGGAAAAGAAUAUGCACUGUCUAUAUCUGUACUCAAAAACUCACAGCCUCUUCUGAAAGCAUCCUCACAUAUACUUAUUGACUGCAGCAAGGAAAUUUAUGCCAAGUUUGAACUUAAUACACCUCUUCUACCAAACAAUUUCGAACAUCUCAGCUUUAAUUUGUGUUUUACCCCAGUAUUCCCUCCACCUAAGAUACUAAUGACAGUCUUGAAAAAUGAAAUACCUAUUCUUGACUUGAGAAGUGACUUUGGUCAAAAACUCUCUGGCUUUACCUAUGAUCUUAAAUUUAUGAGUGGACAUGUGCAACGACUCCUAUCAAUUGACUUUUCUCCAGGAGAAAAAAAUGUCAAAUUUAAUAUUGAUUCCAUAGCAGACACCCCUGAGCAGUACAUCGGUGAUUUAAGAUUUAAUAAAGCUACUGGUACUUUGAGUGCAAUUUUCACAUCACCAAUUGUAGGAUUCGAUAAGUUCUCUUUCCAGUGGAAACAAGGGCAUGAUUCUAUAGAUACUGAAAUUAUCACACCAUUUAAAGGAUAUGAAAAUCUUUCAUUGGCUGCCCAUUUUAAAGUUAAACAUAUAAGGAAGUCCGCUAUGCUUUUUAUUAGCAAGAAUGAUGAUACAAUUGGAUUCAGUAUGAGCACGGAUCAUGCAGAUGGUAGUGAUGAACUGGCAUUGUAUGCUGUCACUCCUUUCACAGUGUUAAAGAAAUUUGAUGUUCAGACUCAGUACAUUAAAUCUGAAACAAAGAAGAUAGUAAGGUUGAAUGUCACUGUCAGUAAUCAACAUUUCAAAAUUGGUGGAGAAUUAUUGUCCAAAGAGAACAUAUUACAAGCAAAGUUAGAUAUAUCUAGUUCCUUGCAGGAUUUAGAACAGAUAAAUUCUAACUUUUUCUAUGAUAUAACUGAGUCAUUGACCUUUGGAGGAAAGCUGGAUAUAGGGGACAUAUCUACAAACAUUUCAGGUACCAUUGAUUUUGAUUUCCUACAGGGAGAGCUGUUAGGAUCUUUGAACAGACAUGGUCAGUUAAAAGAACGCAGGUUCAUGUGGAGCCUGGAAAAUACUCACUUGAUGAAGACAGCUAAAAUUGCAGUCAAUCUUGGUUAUGAAUUAAAUUUUGUCAUUGAUGCUAUUCUAAACAUUAGUAAUCUGAAAAAUGUUAAGGCUCAAGUAUCAUUCAUCAAACCAGUGCAUAUACAUCAAUUGUACCCAUACACUUCCACAUACAAGUUACAGUGGAAUAUCAGAAAUGUGAUGGCAUUUGAUGGUGGUCUCUUUAUAAUGCUGAAUAAUGUACCUUACUGCAAUCUGAAUUUAAAUGUGGACUUGGAUAAUGCUACAGAGGUUAAAAUUUUAAAUGCUCAUUAUUUAGGCUUUUCUUAUAAUUAUAGAAUUCACCUUACAUACCAGUUAAUGAAUAAUAACAGUAUAGAAUUAUUAUCUAAAAUAAAUUUAGGUGGGACAGAGUUAAUUAUCUCAUUAAAUUUUAUGCUGAAUAACACUAAAUUUAUUACACGAUGUGGUGAAUUCCAUUUUUCUCUUGGCUAUAACCUAACUACAAAACGCAAAAUACUAGAUAUUGAAUACCAAAUCAGUCAGAAUAUAUAUCGCCUAAGUUCAAAUUUGACAUUUCAUAAACCUUAUCUACCAGUAGUAUCCAUUACUCUAAAUACUCCUGUCAGACACUAUUCUUUUCUUCAUCUAAGUAACCAAUACAUCAUGAAUACAACACACAAGGGGUUUAAAAUACUGUUACAGAAAGAGGAGAGAAAUGGUGAAAUCUCGUUAUCUAUGUGGAAAAACAGAAAUAAUAUUGGUUUAAAAGGUAACAUGUCUCUGCCAUUCAAAGAUCUCAAGACCUGGUAUGGCAUAGGUAACCUUGACAUGACAUCUGGACUUGAAGGCAAUGUGAACUGCUCAUGGGAUUCUACAAAACAUUUAGCACUUAAUUUCAGAUAUGCACCUGACUCUUUGAAAGCUAAUAUUAACACCCCCUUCACUGGCUUAGAGAAUAUAAAUGCUGAAUUCCUCUUGAACAGAAAAGAUAUUAUGGAAAUACUUAUUUCUGUAAACUGGGGAGAUAAGAAGAUAUUUCUCAAUGGAAGUGGUGGUCUUGAUAAUGGAAAUAAACCUGAGUUUAUAAUAUUUUUUCUUUCACCAUGGGCAGAUCCAUUUACUCUCUCAGGUAAAUAUGAAAAUAGGGUAAACCCUGUAGUUACAAUUCUUUUGCAAAGGGGAAGUGAAUUAGCAAGACUGGAAGGACAAAUAGAAUAUUCUAUAACAGACUUAAAAUUUGUUAUGAAGUUUUCUUCUGAGCUUAAUGGUCAUAAAAUGACUAUAAAAACUGGUUAUGAUUUUGAGUAUCAAACUAAAAAGAUAUAUUUUGAAGCCAGAUUUGUUUCCCUGAGUUUUAUCAUCAAUGGAGCUUUAAACUCAGAAGGAAUGGAUGGAAGAUUAUAUGUCAAAACACCAUUCAGCUUCUUCCAAGAAAUUGCUGCUGAUGGAAUCCUUACUAUUGGUCAGUCAGCCACAUUUAAGUUGAGAUGGAAUGACAAACUGUACAUCUUGAAUGGCGAAUAUGAACACACACAUGGGCAUCUUGGAUGUAAAUUUACUCUACUGAGCCCAUAUGUACGAGUUGAAAAUAUUAAAUUUGACAUCAAAUAUGAUUAUGAAUCAGCUUACCUCAAACUGGAAAUUCCAAUUGAAGCAUUGUACUUGGAUUGUUCUUAUCAUUUUCAGACAUAUGUAUAUUCUGUUGGAGCUACCUUGAAAGUUCCUUCUGUCACGCUGUUGAAACGUUUGUCCUUUGCUGCCACUUUAGACACUGCAAAUCUCACUGCUUCAGCUAUAGGACAGUGGAGUGCAAGCCAGAUAGUGAAUAUUUCUGCCAGUCUUUUGCCAAGCAAUCAGUUUAUUAAAGUAGAGACGCCAUUUGAAGGUUUUGAGAAGAUACUAAUAUUAGGUUCACUGAAGAAUGAAAGCACACAUCUUGCAUUUGCAGGGAAGCUGGAAGUCGGUAAUGAUAACAGUAUUCAUGUACAUCACAUUAUUGGAUAUGGAUUUAUGCAGCAUUCCAUAACCAUUAACAUGCCAGUACUUGAUAAAAUGAAUUUCAAUGUAAUCCUGCAAUUUGAUGACCCUAGGAACAUGUCUACAAAACUUACAUUUGGGCCUACAACCACAGAAAGUACCUUCAGUGCUGAAGGCAUGUUGGAUUUAAAGGACAUGUUUGGUCAAUUUAAUGUCCAUCACCCAUUCAUGGAGGGUAAUUUGGUUUGUAAAACGUUGUGGGAUGUGAAAGCCAAUCUCCAAAUUAAAACCAGUACCAUAUUGAAGGUGAAAGGCUCAUACACUCUUUCUAGAAAUGAUAUCAUUGUGAAGUGGAAUACACAGACAUCUCACUCACAGUCCUUCACAGCCCUGGGAGGCUCCUAUGAAUAUGAUCAUAAAUCUGAAUUGAAAACUAAGUUAUUCUUCAAUGAGGACAUAAUCACAAGUUAUUACAAAAUCAAUAGUACAUCAAUGACUGUGAAUUUUAAACUUAAUAGUCCGGCACUACUCAAAAUUAAAGACUUUAGUUUGGAUAUUGAAGGUUCACAUAGUCCCAAUCUACAUGGUUCAUUUUCAUAUAAAUACAAUACACAGUCUGUCUUUGUAACUGUUAUCUUGAGCAAAACACAAGAGACUGUAACUGCACAAGGAAUUGCCCAUGUGCAACCACUGUUAGGUCCUGUACAUCAUAUGGUCCAAAUUGCCUACAAUGUGAAGGAUCCACAAAACUUUUUUCAGUGUAAAUAUGAAGGUAAUAUAAUUCAUAAAGCUCUUAUGUCUUACAAGAAUGAUGAUCGUGUCUUUAAAGUGACACUGGAUGUCAACAGUGAGAUUCUUGGCACUCAUAAAAUCUUGAUGUUGUUGGAAAAGAACGGGCAGUUUGUGCAACUUGAAAUAAUGAACAUGUUCAGUGUUAGUUUGAAAGCAAAGCAAAAUGAGGGACAUCUGAUAGUUAGAGCUUCUGGUAUGGAACAUGAAGCUUUUUAUCAGCUUACAUAUGAAAAUGGUUUUCAUGGAAGUCUUACUUUAGUGUCCCCACUAAUCUCAAAUGGAAAAAUUAAUGUGACUGCUGCAGCCAAAUGUGAUAUUGAGAACAUAUUUGCAGAUCUAAAGUAUGUCGCUGGGAUGAAAAGUUAUCAUGUUACAUUUGAAAUUAACAGUACUGAGGAAAGGACAUCAGUCAAAGUAGAGGUCAUUUCUUUACUCAAGACCAUCCUGAGCCUCAAUGCUUAUAUUGUGGUAAACAGAUAUGACAUUCAGGCUGAAACAUUGUUCGAGUUCUUUGAAACUGUAAGCAGUGCUAUGCUGAGGCAUAGACGGGCACUGCCACUGAACACUGAGCUAAAUAUAAUGAGCCCAUAUUUUCCAAAGAAGGUGGUUAAGUUUGUUCUGAAUACAGAGAAUAAUUCUAUAACUUUAUAUGGUGGCCAUGGUGAUAAGUCAUAUGGAGAAUAUAUCAUGCUGGAGGGAACCAUAAAUCACAAUGAUUGUAUGGCAUAUUUAAAUUUUAUAGCACCAAAACUGCCUCUUGCUCAGUAUAUAAAUAUAAGUGGAAUCUUCAGACCAAGUGCUGGAGGAAAGUAUGACUUGGAGUUUUCUACUCAGUUCUCAUCAGAAAUAUUGAUAACAGAAUUUUCUGCAAAGUUCCACAUUUCUUCUGCUGGACUUGAUACAGCUAUCAAAUUUGUACCCCCAUGGGAAGACAUGGAGAACUAUGGAGCUAAGAUUUUGAUACCAUUCAGUCUUAGCAACAACAUGAAACCUUGCAUUGCCCUACAUCUUGGGAAGAACAACACAUAUGCGCUGCAUGGAAAAUUUGUCUAUCUGAAAGAUAUCCAGGAAAUAGGAUUUGGAGCUCAAUACAAACUCAGAAAAUUGGGUGCAUCUUUGAAAACUGAAAAUGCUCCUAUUCCUGGUAUCCAAUUUGAAAUAGAUAUUCCAUUAGGUGACAACGUUGGCCAUUAUGGUGUGAAUGUGAAGAACCAGAAGGGUAAAAAUCUGUUAGGCAUUGCAAGUGCAUUGAACUACACUCACAUUGGUGUUGAAUGGGAUAGCAACCUAAUUGAGCUCAGAUACACUCUAUCUGAUAUUAGUAUUGAUGCAGAAGAGCGUCUUGAUAUCAAUACAAGUCUGAAAUGUACUCUUCUUUUAGAACUCACAACUCCAUUUUCUGGAUAUGAACAAAAUGGGCUGAAAAUGUAUGUUAAUAUGUCAUCCUCAUAUAACCUGAUUGUCAUCUCUAUUAACUAUCCAGGAAGUUCUAAACCUUUUGGAUUUGAACUGAAUUAUCAGCUAAAAGCUUAUAAUGAUGUGAGUCUUGUCAGUCAGCUUCAUAUUCCUUUUAUACCUGCUCUGGAAGAUGUCGCCUUGAUGCUCAGUAAUAAAUUUGAAGAGAAAGAUGGAAGAUUCAGGAGUGUUUUAGGAGGCCACUGGAAUAAAGAAGAGCUGGCUAUCACUUUAGAAGGAAAUUUAAAAGAAGAAAUUGUUUUCAAAGGUACAAUGACACUAAAACUGAUUGGGCAGACAUUUACACUGGAGGCUAACUAUGGGACUUCAAAAAGAGAUACGCUUGGACUAUUUGUCAUGAGAGUGCAGCUUACUUCUCCACUCACAGUUCUAAAAAAUGCUGAGGUUUAUGUGGAAAUCAAUGUAAUGAGAUCUGUUCUUGCAAGCAUUACUUACAAUUCUAAGGAACUCCUUGGCUUCCAUAUUUACAGUGAUGAGGUCUUGCAUUUUGGAGCUGAAAUAAGGAACCAGUGGAGAUCAGCUUAUUUUGUGUGUUCUUAUGAUACUAGCAAAGAUAUCAUAAUACAAGCAGAAUUAGCUUGGGAUAUGAAUCAGUUGAGCAGAUCACAGUUUGUUGUUGUUUUUGCAAUGACAUAUGGUCCUGAUGACAGACAAGAAAUGUCAGUCAUUUUAAAGCUUCCAUCACGUGUUUUGAAGUUCAAUUUUACUCAGCAGUUAUCACCAGUACACACUGAGUAUGCAGGUAGUCUUUCAUGGACAAAACACAAUAUUAUUGGUUUCAAAACUCUUCUACAUAUAAAUGCUUCUUCUGAUGUUGUUGCUCUUUUGACUAUGGGUCGCAUAGAUCUUCCUCACAGGUCAUUUGAACUAGGGAGCUAUGCAAGUGCAAGGUUGGAUCAUGAUACUGUGAUAUAUGCAGACAUAAGAACAGAAUUUCUGUGGGAUGCUCUUGAAGACAGGAAUAAGAAAAUUGGUAUUGCACUUAGGCAUUACUCAUCAAUUCUGGAAAUUGUAUUGCAGCAUGUAGCCAUGAGGAAUGAUUUGGUGGUUCGCAUUGAAAAGCAUGGCAGACUAUCAUACAAUCAUUUGCCUUUUGCUGUGAAGAUUGAAGUUGAAUAUUCUACCCUACCUGAGAAUUUGAUCACAAUGGAAGCACAUGUGCAGUAUCUCACAAAUACAGCUGUAGGAUUAAAUAUGGGAUUUUCAUUACAUCAUGUAGCCACAUCCAUAGACUUUAAAAUUGGUGCAGAAAUAGCACAAACUUUGAAGGAAAACAUUGGUAGGAUGUCUGCAGAGUACUUGAAUUCAUACACAGGACAGAAACACAUUAUAGAAUUUAUGGGGAAAAUGAGCUUACUACAUCCUGAAAUGAAGAUUUCAGUGAGAACAGCAGAGAAUCGGCUUGAGGUUCAUGGUCUGCUACAGACUGACAACAGUGGUCACUAUGCUGCAUUGGUUGAUUUUAUCAUGAACCAAAAGGAACCCCUGCAUAUGAGAGCCAACAUUUUUUUGGCAGAACCAAGGGCGGAAUUGGAGGCACGCUACGGAGACCAUUGUAGUUACAAGAUGUAUGCUGGGGUGCCCCAUUGUCGUGAGGUUACUUUUGGAGUUAAGCAUGUAUUAUAUGGGGUUGAACAUCAAGAUGCCAUGAUUAUGUUACGACUAAACUCAAGUCAGCAGCUGUGGUCAAGGAUUAGAUGGCAACCACGAGCACUGACUGAGCUGAAAACUAGCAUCCUACAGGAAUAUUCUGAUGUCAGCCAUGUGGUUCAAAGCAUUGGCAGUGGUUUUUCUGAAGCCUGGUUGAAGGACUUUGCUUACAAGAGCAACAUUGUAUACCCAGUGCUUGUAGAUAUGUUUGAUCAGAUAGUUUCAACUUCUAUGAUUGAAGCAGGUGAAAUCUACAUGGACUUCUUGGAUAUGGGGGAAGAACUGAAAAGAAUGUACAGGAGGAAUGACUUCUAUUUGCAGGAUAUUCAACCAUAUGUCAGCAAGCUCACGUCAUACUUUACAGAGAAGGCAUCAGGAAUUUGUAAGUUGCUGUUGGAUGGUACUGAAAGCAUGUAUUUGGCAGUAACGAAUUUUGUUGUGAUGGUUGUGAACACAUUUGAGAUUGAUCUUUCUCAUGUUUUCAGCAUCUUAGAUGACAUUAAGGUUGUAGCUGGUAAAACUGUGAUGUUUGUUGUUAACUGCAUUGCUGAAAUUAAGAGACUGCAUACAUCUUCCAAGGAGUACCUGAAGACAAAAAUUGAAGCUACAAGGUUACAAAUAAUGCAUGUAGAGGAGAACAUGAAGCAUUUGCUAACAUACGUAGAAAAUUAUUUGGCUGAUCUUCUUGCUAGCUACAUCCAGUUGUUGGAACCAUAUCUAACUAGUAUUGAGAAUACACUAGAGCUUCUAAGUCGCAGAGUCAUAGACUUUGAGGACAAAAUCAGUGUAUAUAUACUUGACAUGGUGGAUACUGUACUGGGGGCUGAGGAAGUGCAAGAGUUAGUAAUGGUGUACAACAAGUAUUCCUCCUGGCUUGAAGAAUUGCACUUACAGGAUUACAUUGAUCAAGUUGCAGAAUUGUUUGAAGGCAUUGGUGAGCUAAUUAUGCAAGAUAUACAAAGAGUAUUUGGCAGCUACCUGGAAUAUGUGAAGUACAUUACAGAUGCCAUGAAUAAUGUAUAUAGCAAUAUUAAUGCCAUGCCUUUAAUUGCCUAUAGUAAACAUGCCAUGAACAUUGCUCAUGAGAAAGCCAAAUGGGUGUGGCAGCACUACAGGUUAAAUGAAAACAUCAAGGCCCAGGUACACAGCUGGAUUGAGAACUUGGACAAGAUUCUGCUAAGGUUGCUGAAUGCUAUUGACAUGGAUGCAAGGUCUCCAACUAAGAGCCUCACACCAAACAUAACUCUCCAUCCUGAUAUUGGUCUUAUUGAGUACAGCCAGAAAUUACCCAUAGAAUGGAAUUGUUUCAAUGAGCUACCUAAGUUUGAGCAACUGCAACUGUAUGAACAGCUUAAGGACCAUGCUAAUGAAGUGGCUAGUCUUGAGAAAUACAGAUAUUACCUGAUGAACACCUUCUAUGACAUCACCAACAACAUCUCUUUGACCUCGGCAAUUCCACCUUUCUCAGCGUAUGGUAUGGUGAUUGGCAAUCAUCACUAUAUCACUUAUGACAAAAAAUUCUACAACUUCACAGGAGCAGGGGAAUGCAGUUAUCUACUUGCAAACGAUUUCCUCCAUAACAGAUUCUCUGCAUUUGUUACCUACAAGAUUGAGAAUAUGGAGGCCGUGAAGAAGUCACUGUCCGUAUUGGUUGAGGGCCAUCAUAUCGAGAUAAACUCCAACAGACGAGUAGAAGUUGAUGGAUUGUGUGUGGAUUUGCCAGUGGCUGUUGACAGUCAAACAUGGAUCAAGCGUACUGGAGAAAGAAUACUGGUUCACAGUGAACUUGGAAUUGAAGUAGAGUGUAAUUUUCUUUAUGAUAUAUGCAUAAUUGAACUGUCUGGAUGGUAUUUUGGUAAAACUGGUGGAAUGCUGGGAACAUUUGACUAUGAACCAAGCAAUGAUCUUACCUUUCCAAAUGGAACUGCAGCACACACAAUAGAAGCAUUUGCCAAUAGCUGGCAUGUAGGAUCUGCACGAUGUCAUUCUGUGAAUCAUGCUACACUUCCUAUAAACUUACCCACCAGUGAAGAAUCACAAACAUUAGAUAGUAAUCAGUGUACAGCAUAUUUUGAGGACCAACUCUCACCACUUCGUCGAUGCUUUUCUCGAGUUGAAACAGGCCCUUUCUACCAGAUGUGUCUCUCUGAACUGGCCAAAAAUACAGGAGUAUGCACAUCUGUGGCAGCAUAUGUAUCCCAAUGCAGGAGAGCUGGUGUGGACAUCUGGAUACCCCAGAAGUGUGUGCAUUGUCCAACUCUAAAUGGCAGUACAAUGAAUACAAGCCAACUGGAGGUGUAUGAUGGUGUGGAAGCCAUGUUGGCUGAUGUUGUGUUUGUGGUGGAGCAGUCAUCUUGCAUUAAAAAGAUCAACUUAGCUGAGCUGGUGUCAAAGCUGGACACUGCAAUGAACCUUCAAGGACUGAAUACCCGUUUUUCUGUAGUGGGCUUCAAUGGGAACAAAUUCAGUGAACCUUAUACCCACACUUCUGGUGGAGAAAUAUGGGCUUCUCUGAAAGGAACUGAGAAGGUCCUACGCAGUCUGCAAACUGCCACAUCGAAGAGCUCCAGUUCAGGGAACCAGCGUACAUUCAGUGCUAUGCAGUAUGUAUCUCGCUUGCCAUUCAGAGCAACAGCUUCAAAGACUAUAGUACUACUACAGUGUACAUUAUGCCAAGAGACAGAGGAUGAGUACAGCCACAUGAUCAGUAUGCUUCUGGAAAAUGACAUCACACUUCAUAUCCUUCAGCCCCAUGCCCUGAAACUACACUCUGGACAGGGCAAGGCCAGCAAGGUGUAUGGUGUGGACCUCAACGGAGCAUUUAGUGGGCGUAAUCUGAAGAAUCUCAUGCCAAGCUUCCCACUUCUGAGACAAGUUGUACUUCCAAAAGAUUUGUGUGUUCCCCUAGCAUUUGAGACAAAUGGUACAUUCUUCAACAUGGAUCAUCUCUUACACAAAGGCAAGGGAGCACAUAGACUUCAUAUCAAGAAAUUCAUUGAUGUGUGGGCCAGACGAGUCACAUUGACUGCCACACCUUCUCAGUGCCAGACAUGUAGAUGCAUUGCAAACCAAGAUGGAAUGGGACAAAUUAUGUGCUCCAAGUGUGUAUCACCAUCUAUUGAACACUUCUUAAAGAACUGGGGAAACCUGAGCAUUGGCAAUCAAAGAACAAAGGUCAGAGUGGCUGAUUACGUGGAAUAUCCUGCAUGAAGAAGCUUGUCAUCUCAAUAUAACUAAUUACUGAAAGCAUUCGUAACAUAAACCUUUAAUUUUAAGACAUUAUUUAAGCCAAUUUAUAUAAAUGCCACAUGCCUGAUUUUAAAUGCAACCAUUUUUAAUAAAGAAACAUUUUUUAAAAUGUCAUAUUAGUGAAACAUACAGGUUAGACUAAUAGGUGAGUUGACUCCAAUUUUUUUAGUUUACAAUUAGGAGAAUAUUAGUUUCUAUUUAUUUUUGUUUCAAGUGUGGAUAUAUAUACGUCAUAAUCAUGAGACGUGUAUGUAUACACGGCAAGAGUGCCACCUCACUAGUUGGUAGCUGAAGUGAAUGGUGGUUAUUAGUGUGUCUCCCACUUCUUUUGAAGUUAUUUCACCGUGCUCCUCUUGCAGGAAGCUUCAAAUAUUUCAGUGAUUCUUAUUGUCUACGUAUUAUACCGCAGACAGUAAAAGAAGAUAAAAUUUAACUGAGUUAACUAUGUAUUCAAUAAAUUAACAAACAUGAUUUUACUUAUUUCUGAACUAGUUAGCACAUAUGAUUUACUGGAAAUAUGUAAUUUUUUCCAAAUGUGUCAACAAAGGAAUGAAUGUUCAUUAUAUCAUUACAUCUCGUACUUUCUCAGAUAUAUAUAUGCAUAUUAUAUUAAUUUGUAUAUAUAAUAUGUUACUGUAAAUAAAUAUUAAUCACUAUAUUCAGUAAGUAGAAACAAAUUUUACAUAUUGAGGAAAACUAUACUGUGAGCAAUGAAAUCUGUUCAAGAAGAUCCCACCUAUAGUAUCUUCCUGUAUAUCACAAUCACACUUUUCCUACAGUCAUCCAUAUUUCCUGCCCCCUCCCCUUUCCUCACCCUUUACCUGCCACCAGGGCCCUUGAGAAAUUUUGAAAACUUUUUGCUGUAUUUGAGUGUCUUCAUAAAUGAAUGGAUAAGGAA